AUGGCACCUCGGUGGCUGCUGCUGCUGGCCUUGCUCCUGCUGCACCCCGAGCGUAAUGUCAACGCCCAAGCUAACGACACCGAGGUGGAGGAGGCAACGCGGGCUGUGCUGCUGGCUCAGCGCGAUGCCAUCGCCAACUGGCCGCUGUUCAGCAAGAACAACAAUCUCACCGGCUGGGACGAUACCACCCCCGUGUGCCAGUGGGGCGGCAUCACCUGCGGGGAUGGUUUCGAGGUUGCCAAUGUGACUUCCGGCUUCACGCUGAUCCUGUCCUGCGCCUACGACAGCCCCUCCGGCACCUCACAGAUUGGCACCGCCUGCAAGGCGCCAGCGGCGGAGGGCAUGCUCGUGGACGGCCUGUCCACCCUCGAGUACCUUUGGGAUCUCACUAUCACCUAUCAAUUGCUGUCGGGCACCCUGCCGGCGGCGUGGGGCGGCAACGGCUCCUCCCUCUCCUUCCCGCAGCUCACCAACCUGGCCCUGAACAACAACCGCUUUGCCGGCGUCCUGCCCGAGAGCUGGGGAAACGCGAUGGCAUUCCAAAUGCUGGGCUCUAUGGACAUUUCUCUCAAUUCGCUGUCAGGGACACUGCCGGAAUCUUGGGGCCAGCAGGGGUCGUUCCCCCAGCUCUACGAAUUAGACCUGCAGGGGGCGUUCGACUCAGGGGCGGGCAACCGCACGCUGCCGGCCAGCUGGCAGACGGGCUUCCCCCAGAUGUUUACCCUGGUCCUGCGCGGCACCCGGCUCAAUGGCACAAUCCCCGUCACCUGGCCCUCGUCCAUCGAAAGCCUGGACGUGAAUUUCAACUUCUUUGAAGGCAAGCUGCCUGAGGAAUGGGGUUCUGAAGGCUCAUCUUUCUUCGCCCUGCAAUCGCUGGACGUUGGGAGCAACUUCCUGCAGGGCACGCUGCCGGCGAGCUGGGGCAGCCCCGGAAUCUUCCCUGCCCUGCAAAUUCUGAACCUUUCCAGCACAGAAGUCUGUGGCGGCGUGCCUGCAGGCGUCCCGCAGCCGGUGUGCGAUUCUGGGACUAACGACUGCGUGACGCUGCGGCCCCUGCGCCCCAUCGACGCCGCCGCCGCCGCGGCCCCCGCGCCCGCCUCGGCCGCCGCCGCCGUUGACGCCAGGUGCGCUGAAAGCCUUUGGGGGCAUCCCUCCCUCGGCACCUCCUCCUCCUCCGUCCCAGUGGCGGCCAUUGUGGGCGGGGUGUUGGGCGGCCUAGCCGUGCUGGCGGGGCUGGCCGUGAUCGCUUUCAAGGGCAAGGGCGGUACUGUGGCUGGCGGCGCCGUGCCCGCUGGUCUCCCCGCCCACCACCACGGCGGCGCUCUGGAAAGCGACCCCGUCCUCAACUUCAUCUCCUCCCGCCUCCCGUCCAUGCGCCUCCUGCGCGCCGGCUCCAAGCCCUCGGCAGAGGCAGCAGCAGCAGCGGCAGCAGGCGCAGGAGCGGCCGGCUCGACCGCCGCCACCGCCGGCAGCACCGCUGCAGGCAGCUCGGCAAGCAGCAUGCGGGCGGUGCCGUCGGGCGGAUCGGCCUCUGCUUCGGGCGUCAGCGCCGGGGCGCGGACCAUCAGCGGCGGCGCCAGCAGCGCAGGGGAGCUGUCGCCGGAGGUGCAGCAGUGGGAGGUGCUGUGGGAGGAUCUGGCGCUGGAGAAGCUGAUCGGAAAGGGCUCCUUUGGGCGGGUCUACCUGGCCCAGUGGCUGGAGCACCCGGUGGCGGUGAAGCUGCUGAUGGCGGUGGACGAGUGCUCCGACGAGUCCUUCCUGCUGCCCGAGGGCGUGCUGCGGCAGCUGGUGGCGGAGGCCGCGGUACUGGUGCGCAUGCGCCACCCAAACGUCGUCUCCUUCCUGGGCCUCUGCACCCUGCCGCCCUGCAUCCUCACGGAGUACUGCCAGCGUGGCUCGCUGUACGACGUGCUGCGCGGCGGGCUGCGCAACCCGGCCGCCGCCGCCGAGCUGACCUGGCCGCUGCGCCUGCAGAUGGCGGUGGACGCCGCCCGCGGCCUGCUCUACCUGCACCGCCACUCGCCGCCCAUCAUCCACCGAGACGUGAAGAGCCCCAACCUGCUGGUGGACCGGCACUGGGCGGUCAAGGUCUCCGACUUCAACCUGUCCAAGAUCUUCGAGCCGGCACCCGAGGUCAUGUCAGGGGAACGCCCCACCGCCGCCGCAGACGUGUACGCCUUUGGCCUGAUCAUCUACCAAGUGAUCCACGGGGAGCGGCCCGAGGUGCCGCCGCGGGAGGCGCUGCCCGGCCCCGACAACGAUUCCUUCACAGGCCUGGACGCCUACUGCGCGCUGAUGAGGGAGUGCUGGGCGGAGCGGCCCGGCGACCGGCCCACCUUUGACGCCAUUGUGCCGCGCCUCAAGGCGCUGCUGAUGGAGCUGCUGCCUGGGGGGGCGCCCCAUGGGGCGCACAGCCGCACCCCGAGCGCAACCAGCACUGCCGACACGACGGGCGCCGUGGGGCGGCGGCAAGGCUUGGCGGCCACGCCCGGCAGCAGCGGCGCCCGGCUGGCAGAGCUGGCGCCCUGA